CGGGGCGACUCAGACACCAAGGAGACGAAAUAAAACCAGUCGCACCAAAGAGAGGCAGCGUUAUUUAGGCAGCUGGCUACUCCCCGUGAGCCUCCGCCCAGUCCCCUGGGCCCGGCGCCCGGAGCUCAGACGGUGCCCGGCUCCGGGAGCCCCAGCUCCCUCCACGUGUCCUGUCUUCCCAGCAGCCUCCUCUGCUGCCUCAGGAGGAAAACCUCCUGACAACUCGCGGUCUGCGGACUACGACUCCCAGGAGGGGCCGCGCCGCCUCUCUCCCCGCCCCCCUACCCGGGACACGCAGGCGCUCUGGGUUCCGUCAACAAGCCGGGCAGGCGUCGACUGGAUACAGUGUCUUGUGGGAUUUGUAGUUUUGCUGGCUCUAGCCGGGCCGUCAGUCAGAGGGACAAAAACUACAAGUCUCGGCUGCCCCGGCGUGACGAGCUCGGUCACGUGGCAAGAGGCCGACAGGGCGUGCGUGCCGCCGUUGAUCCGGUGCUGCAGUGAGGAGGUGGUUCUUACCCGUGUUGUGUGUGUGUGUGUGAGUGAGAGAGCGAGUGAGUGAGUGAGUGAGUGUGUGUGUGGGGGGACUCGGCUUGUUGUUGUCGGUGACUUCCCCCUCCCCUCCACCCCUUCCCCUCCCCGCCGCCGCUGCAGUGGCCGCUCCCUGGGCCGUAGGAAAUGAGCGAUAACGAUGACAUCGAGGUGGAGAGCGACGCUGACAAACGGGCUCAUCAUAAUGCACUGGAACGAAAACGUAGGGACCACAUUAAAGACAGCUUUCACAGUUUGCGGGACUCAGUCCCAUCACUCCAAGGAGAGAAGGCAUCCCGGGCCCAAAUCCUAGACAAAGCCACAGAGUAUAUCCAAUAUAUGCGAAGGAAAAACCACACACACCAGCAAGACAUUGACGACCUCAAGCGGCAGAAUGCUCUUCUGGAGCAGCAAGGGGAAAGCGAGAGCUGAUCAAGUUCUUUGUUCCUGGGGAAUUCACUUCUCUUCCUCCCUCAUGGAAGAUGCAAGUAAAAGGAAAUUCCGUGCACUGGAGAAGGCGAGGUCAAGUGCCCAGCUGCAGACCAACUACCCCUCCUCAGACAACAGCCUCUACACCAACGCCAAGGGCAGCACCAUCUCUGCCUUCGAUGGGGGCUCGGACUCCAGCUCGGAGUCGGAGCCUGAAGAGCCCCAAAGCAGGAAGAAACUCCGGAUGGAGGCCAGCUAAGCUACUCGGGGCAGGCCAGCAAUAAAAACUGUCUGUCUCCAUCGUCUCAUCCUCCUUUCAGUUCAUCGUUAGAACCCUCAGAACCAUUUAAGAGACUCUUUAUUUUUCUCUUUCUCCCUUUUUUUUUUAAUUUUUAUUUUUACGUAGAAGCUCUUGGACAACAGCUCUCGUUUCUCCUUCCCCAUUUCCACUAUUUUUUUUAAUGUAUUCCCUUCAGGGAUUCCCUGUCCCCACCAGGAAUUUUUAAACCAAAACACCCCAACUUGGCAGCUUUUUCUGUGGAGGACAGACGGCCGGCCGGACCUCUGAGCACAUAGUGUCCUGCCCACCCCACCAGCUCCUUCAGCCCUGCCGGCACGUGCCUGGAGGAUGCCUGCCCCGCCCAGGCGUCUCCUCCCGGUCCACCCGCACCUCUGUUUGAUAGACUUUGUGAAUCUGUGAACUGCUCUACUUUGAGAAGACAACCGGAUUGGAGUAAUCAGAAUUACCCCUCUUCCUUUUUUUAAGGAUUUUUUUUUUCUUUUUCUAAAAAGCUAUUUAUCGCUCCUAUUGGAAGACCAGAUCCUUAAAGAAGUUUGUGGCAUGUAAGGAAAGUGGGGACAAAUUUGCAGCGCAGAGUCUUUCGCAUUUCACUCCUGCAGCCAGCUGUUUAAGCCUGCGGUACCAGCCUUACGGAGGGCCACGUGACACUCUAGGGGUAUGUGUGGGAGACGGCAGCAGUGAAUCGGCAACCUCCAGGAGUGGUUAUUUUGGGGGUGGGACAGGGAGGGAGUAUUGGGUGGGGUAGAGGUUUUGUAUUGAGGGCCAGUGAUGAUGUUUUGAUAUUUAUUUCCUGCUACUGAAAUUUGAAUCUGAGUGAAUUGUCCCUAUUUCUCAUGAUGUCGAUAUUGCAAAGCGACAGAUUCAUAAAGUAAUGAUCAAAUCUUCCUUUCUUUCCAUGUAUAUUUCUAAGAAAUAGAGCCAACUGAUUUUCUAUGUAAAUACCAAGAGCAAUUUACCUGGUACUAACCCGCACCCCAGUGCGGACCCUUCCUGCCCUCACCCCACUUCCUUUCCUGCUGUCCUGGAACCUGUCUCCAUGGUGUGAUCCAGCCCUGGUUCUGGCUGUGGUCAACAGAUCCCAGUGAAGGGUUUUGUGUGUUUAGGCCUCAUUUCUUUGUCGUUUUCCUACUCCGUUCCUGGCAUUUGCUGAUUUCUAGUGUAUACUCUGUAGUCUCAGUCUGUGUUUGAUUCCAUUCCAUGGAAAUAAAAAGUAUGUUGUACAUACUGCCGAAAAAUUGUCUUGCAAGUUAAGGCUUCCCCCUUUACUAUAAGACUAUAAAUAAAAACUUAUUUUAUCCUUC